AUGCCGUCCCUCGUCUUUCAGGGCAAGAUCCAUCGCCUGGAGCUCGAGAACUUCAAGUCCUACAAGGGGUUCCAGACCAUCGGUCCCUUCUAUGAUUUCACCGCCAUCAUCGGCCCGAACGGGGCCGGCAAGUCCAAUCUCAUGGACGCUAUCAGCUUUGUCCUCGGAGUGCGCUCCGUCCAGCUCCGCGGCGCACAGCUCAAGGACCUUAUUUAUGCGUUCGACGACAAGGAAAAGGAACAGAAGGGGAGGAAGGCUUUCGUGCGGCUCGUGUACUUGAUGGGUAAUGGUUCGGAGCUCCAGUUCACCCGGACCAUCACGAGUUCUGGGGGAAGUGAAUACAGGAUUGAUGGGAAGAUCGUGACAUGGGAUGAGUACAAUGCUAAACUGAAGUCACUUGGCAUCCUCGUCAAAGCACGGAAUUUCCUCGUCUUUCAGGUAAUUGUUAUUCUUCCCUCUUUCCACAGUUCGCCUUUCAAGAUCUAUUAUCCCUAUUCAAAGGUCCAAGCAGCGGUUUAGAAUUUCAAUUUUCGACUUUAAACGUUCUGUUUACUUGAGUCCUAUUGACGGUUCACUCUCAUAUUGAUGGAUCCUAGGGAGCGAGGAAAUUUUCUUGGGUGCUAUCCCUUUUCCUUUUUUUAAUAGUCGCAAACGAGAGCUCCCCUCGUGUCAAAAAAUAUAAAUGGGCCGUGGCCGUGAACAUUUGUUUGACCAGUCUACAUUAGUCUGAAAGUAAAUGUCAUGCAUGGUGGAAGAUUGAGAUGUUAUUUCUCAGUUUUUCUUUCAUGUAUGACGGAUUCUCUGCCGCGUGAACAUCUGAGCAUUACUUUUGUGCUAGUAACCGUGUCCUUGAAUAAGUAAUUUCUCCCAGCAUAUUGCAUCAAAAUGCAAGGUUACCAGCAUCAUUUUUUCUUCAAAGUCUGUGUCACAAUAUCUCAUCUUAUGAACCUCUCCACCAGGGUGAUGUUGAAUCAAUUGCGUCGAAGAAUCCCAAGGAACUUACGGCACUUAUUGAGCAGAUAUCUGGAUCUGACGAACUUAAGAGAGACUAUGAAGACCUCGAGGAGCAAAAGGCCAGGGCUGAAGAAAAGUCAGCACUGAUCUAUCAAAAAAAGAAGACAGUAGUCAUGGAGAGAAAGCAAAAGAAAGCUCAAAAGGAAGAGGCUGAAAAACAUCUGCGCUUGCAAGAGCAGCUGGUAUCCCUUGUUUAACUUGUUUCUUUCUUCCUUUUUGUAUUUCUGGUUCGUGGAGGUUUUUUGUGGGUUGCUCAUGGAUUUAACGUCCAAGCUGCAUAUCAUGUACCAUAAAUCUGAAAAUUUUUAGAGCUUCCACCUUUUGAAAGAAGACGUGAGGCGACUCCAAUUCCAUAUCACAUUUGGGCUCUUAUGCAUCAGGUUCAGAAUGAUGUCAUCACUUUCAUCUUUCUUCAGAUUGUUCAUUGAGUAUCGUUGGUGUUGAUAUAAGGUUGUUUUGAUGAGUACAAGAAGUUAAGCUGAUUCCUGCUACGAAUCUUAGAAUUCUAGAUAUUUGCUAACGGAAAAUUUGCUACCAAAUGACAAAUAGUCUUGACAUUCUUUUUUAAAUCCCAGUAAUCAAUGUAUCUAAUAUUAUGUUCAUCAGGAAUAACAUCCUGUAAAUUCCAAACUUAUGAAAACGUCGAUGAAAGCUCUCUGAAGAUAUCCCCUUUAAUUUCUGCCUCCUCCUAUUUUCUUAACCUUCUAGUGGUAUCAUUUUUCUUCCUCUUGAUCGAGCACUAUAAUUCAUGAUCUAAAGCAUUCAGUCGCUUCUUACCUCCUGCUUCUCUUUCAAGAUCCCGAGGGCCUCUUUGUUAUUCGGAUGAAUGAAACAGGAAUGAUGAUUAAUGUGCAAGGGCGAGAAUGGUGAGGAGGGUGGUUGUUGUUAUUGUUGGGAGGGUGUCAUAUUAAGAGAUUAUGUUGGAAUGAGGGUUAGAGGUUCCAUUGAGAGGGCAGAAGUGGAUUUGUUUUUCAUGUAGGCCUCAAGCUCAGUGUCUAUAGGGUUUUGUUGUGCUUCUCUUUUGGGUGAUAUACAUUGUCUGAGAGGGAAGACUAGAAGAGGGAGACCAAUUUGUGGUUGAUGUGGUGGCAGGUUGUGUGGAGAAAGAGGUAGAGAUAGAUGAGUAAGGACAGAGGCCAGGAGCGGGGCCAUAGAGAGAGCAACAAGAUGAAGGGGGAGCGACAGUGAGUGGAGAACAAGAACUGGGCUGCGGAUAGAGAGGUGAAUGAUUUUGCUGCAUUUAGAAAGAGGAAAUGGGCGAAAAGAAUGUUAAAUUCGACGGUGGAGGUGAGAAUGAUUGCAAAGAUGGUGAUGUUGGAGGCACUGAGGCGCUGCCUCUCUGCUUGUUCCUGCUUGUUCCUGCUUGUUCCUGAUAAUAAUAAUUCAUAUUAUUAUGUUUGGAAACAAGGCAGGAGGAUGCCUCUAAAGCCAACCUUUGCAUAUAACUGUCUCAAUUGGAGACACAUCUAUGAGGCGGAAUGGCCAGUAAAAUAGAAUGUGUCAAGAAGGGAGAAAAUACAAGAUAACUUUCAAAGGGAGCACUGAGAGGGAUGGUCUAUCAGCGCCAGCCAUAUAAAUCAAUUCAAGUUAAGACAGACAGUACUGGCUCUCAAGUGUCUUAGUCCUACUAGGAUGGCAUCCUCUGGAAUUGGACUUGCCCUCUUAGACAAACUGAAACAUUGCUAUAGACGGAGGAACGGGAAAAAAAAGUUGGUCUUGUACUAAAGUUUAAACCGUUCAAAUGGCCCUAAUGGGAUAUAAGGUAACAAUCAAGUUUAAAACACAUGUAUCCAAGGAGUCGAUGCAACAUUUCAUCUCUUAGAACCACGGGCCCUUUUAUCACGUUGGGAGGAUUCCUCCAUUCAGAAAGUAAUCAACAACCGCCCUGUGUCAUGUGGAUCAUAUAAUGCCAUGUUUAUGCCAUUCUUGCUUUAUUACUGUCUUUUCUAUGCUUCAGAAUAGAUUCUUUUUACGUUAUAUUUUCUGAAGCAGCAAGUUUUAACUAAAAUAUGCUCCCUUUUCAAGUGAAGUUAAUCAUAGGGAGUUUUUUGUGAAUGUUUGGUUAAAAGAGUGUUAAAUGAGUUUUUGAUGUCAUUUCCUCUAAAUUUAAAUUCUUCAUCUGCAGAAAAAUUUGAAAAAAGAGCACUUUUUGUGGCAACUUCUCACCAUUGAUCAUGAUAUGAGGAAGAUAAAUAGUGAACUUGACGUUGAUAAAGAAAAUCACGAGGUUAUUAUGAAGGAUCAAGAGGCAAGUGACAAUGCUGUCAAUGUGAAGAAGAAAGAGCAGGCUGGAUAUUUCAAAGAAAUGACACUAUGUGAAAAGAGGAUUGCGAAGAAAAAGAUUGAACUCGAUAAGAAGGUUUUUUCUCUUCCAUGGGUUAUAUCCUUAUAUGGAUCUCACUCAGUGUCCUUUUAUAUAUCUAAAAUGUCGACUAAUUUAGCUAUUGUUAUACCGUUAUUUAAUUUGCAUCUAUUUAUUCCUCGUUAAAUUGUUCCUUUUCUGUACUGUUGCCUUAAAUGAUAAUUUUUGUUAGCAGAUUCUUUUUAUAUAUAAAAAAGAGAACCGUGUAAGGUAGGGCAUGACGAUAGUAGGAUAAUGAAUUUGGAGUCAUCUCUAGAUGUCAAAAUAGUACAAUAAAUCUGAAUUCCUCCGAGGGAUCUAUCUUCUAAGGCGCCACGUUACAUUUGGAUACGAAAAGUAGACAGUAAGUUCCAAAUCCUGAUACGAGUUAAACCAUUACUGAAUCCUAAAAGUGAAAAGGGUGCAUAAUAACCUUGAAAUGGCAAGUUACAAGAUAUUUCCUCAUGUUUCAUCAAAUAAUUUGUAUUAGCUCUUUUGCUCAUCCCUGAAAUUCUGUGCCAUCAUGUCCUUCCUUCUCUAAAUAGAAUGAAUCACACAUCCUUGCCUCAAAUGAUAGAAGGAAAUUAUAGAAGAUGAUUGUAUAGCUGUUGUGUUUGUUUUUCUUUUUAAUAGUUUCUUUUAGAAAUAUGUUCUGUUUCAUAUGAUUGGAGUUAUCCAAAUCCUUUCUCUCCCCAAUAAAUCACGCAAUGAGUAUAUGGUGUAUGUUUGCCAAUUCAACUUUAUGUCCAAUUUGUUUUGCUUUUGUUGUAUUAAGAUGGAUUAUUUUUUUGUGUUUUGCCUUCAGCAACCAGAAGCUCUGAAAUUGAAGGAGGAAAUUUCUCGAAUUAAAUCUAAAAUUAAAAGCAGCAAGAAAGAGCUAGAAAGAAAGAAAGAAGAACAGAAGAGGCAUGUUAAGGAAAUUCAUAAACUACAAAAGGACUUACACGAUAUUACCGAUUCUAUGCGUGAGCUGAAUGAGAAAGGCCAGGAUGGCGCUGGUAAACUCCAGCUGGGUGGCAGUCAAUUGAAAGAAUAUCAUAGGAUGUAAGUUUUUCGGCCGUUGAGCCUUUUCUGAUCAUAAUAAAAUGGUUGUCUAGAUGUUCUGGGCCUUCAAUUUCCUUAAUGCGCCUUUUAAUUUUGACAAUGUUUUCAUGCUACCUUCUCCCAAUGAAUAAGAUCUUUAUACCCUUUAUAGAACAGAGAUUAUGUAUAAGAUAAUGUUGUUCUAAGAUAAACCUGCGAAUAUUUUUUAUUUCGACUGCAACUUUUGUCCUCUUGCUAGUCUGUGCAUAAUUGUUAUUGAAUUUUAUGUUUUAUGCCUAUUCUUGAUUCCUGGGAUAUAAAUAAGAUGGUAUGGAGGCCUAUCUCAUUUUUUAACCAAACUUUGCAUGUUCAAAGUGUUUCAGAUGGUUAAUUAUAUUAACAUACGCGUGCUGUGUUAAAAUUGACAUCUGCAGGUGUAUUUGUUGAGGUAAAUUAUAUUGGAAUCAACAUAGUGUGAAGAAGAAUCAUUACUCUUUUCGUAGUUUUCUGGCGGUAUCGUGUAUGAAGUCAUUUUUUUGGUUCGUCAGAAUAAUUGCAGUCUCCUGUUCAUACAGUUCCCAUGUGUGCUCAUUGCUGGGUUUAAAAGUUUACAUUCAACAACUCGGAUACUAAUCUUUCUUCUCGCCCAUAGAUCUGCAUUGAUGUUUUUUUGCAGUUCUACUUAGUGACUUAAAUAUAUCAAUUUUAUUUUUGUAGAAAGGAGGAUGCUGGUAUGAAGACCGCAAAAUUGAGAGAUGAGAAAGAAGUUCAUGACAGGCAAUUACAUGCUGAUAUUGAAGCGCAAAAGAAUUUGGAGGAGAACCUUCAGCAGUUGGUCAACCGUGAGCAAGAGCUGACAUUGCAAGAGGAUCAAAUACAAGCAAGAUUGCAAAAGCUCACUGAUGCAGUGGGUAAACACAAGGAAGAGUUGUCCCGGCUAAAGAAAGAAUUAAGUGAGAUCAAAGUUAAACAUCAGAAAUCUGGGUAAGAUACAUAAGGAUGACUCAUACACGUAGGGAUUUUUCCUGCUUUGAUUCGUCCUUUGAAACUGAAAAUGUGGCCCGUCCUAACCAGAAACCAUAUAGUUGUUUGCUCUGAGAUCUCUUACCUUAGUGAGGUCCCAGAUUCAGCACCCACAGGUGUCCAUAACAGGGGGGAGACUGGUGUAUGGGCAACUCAUUAGUACCUUGGAGUAUUGUUCUAUACUAGUGGGAAUCCGUUGUCUUUAGAAUCCUGACUAACCAGGUUUUUCUAUCUUUUGAAGGGCAAAAUAUCAAAACUUAAAGCAGAAAAUUGACGAAAUAGAGACAAAGCUACGUGAACUUAAAGCUGAUAAACAUGAAAGUGAACGAGAUGCCCGGUUGUCUGAAGCAGUUGAAAGUCUUAAACGCCUUUUUCCAGGAGUCCAUGGGCGCAUGACUGAACUUUGUAGGCCUUCUCAAAAGAAGUAUAAUCUUGCUGUUACUGUUGCUAUGGGCAAAUUCAUGGAUGCAGUGGUUGUCGAAGAUGAAAGUACGGGGAAAGACUGCAUUAAGGUAUAGUUCUUAGUAUUUCUGGUCUCUCUCUCUAUAUGUAUAUAUUAUGGAUUUUAUUCUGUUCCAUCUGUCAUAAAUCUCAUUAGGAUUUUUUCAUGCGCUCUGUUGGUAUAUUAGUUAGGUACUUAUUCAGUAGGACUUGUAGGAAUUGCAUGCUUGGUGAAUAGGAGCUAUAAUUAUGAUAAUUUUAGUCAAUUAUUUAUUCUGUCCCUUAUAUUUGAUAAAACUGAUCUUGGUACGAUUUUAUCACCGACUGACUUGAGAUCAGUGGAUCCUGGAAUAAUGAACUAGAACUGUGACAUUUUACUUGAUGCCAUGCUCGAUUUGUCCAAAAGUGACUAAUUGGUUUUUUAAUUUUUUUUCAUGAUACGAGUUCAUAAUGUUGUGAUCUGGUUUGGUUUUUCAAUUGGCAAAAUCGUGAAGCUUGGGGACGGUAUGAUUCAACUCAACUAUAUAGGGAUCAGGGCUAGGGAUCCUUGCUUGGUUAUAAAUUGGGUUGUCGAAGAUUAGAAUUGCCCUGUUCCCGUUAGGUCAUGCUAUAUUGCGUGAUUCACGGUAAUGCAAGGUGAGCUGGCAUUGUUCUUGUUUAAAAAUAGAGAGGAGGAGCCAUUCAAUCCAAAAAAAUUCAAACAGCACCUGAACCUUCAUGGAGCACCUCACUUCUUCAGUUAUUCCAAAGCAUCAAAGAGUCUAAAUUUGGAAAUCAACCCCUUCAAUGGGCUGAAGAAUAUCAUGAGAUGUAAUCUUGAAUACAUGUCCUUAAUGUAGAUUUUUCCUAUUACUGACGGCUAUUAGAUAUUUCUUACGAAAUUAUGUUUUCGCUUUCCUGUUUUGCAAUCCCUUUCUUGGGGCACAUAAUUUAGGCUUCUAAAGAUUGUCGGAGAGAAACUCUCCCAGCCUUGUAUGUUUUUGUAAAAGUCGCAUUCAGUUAUAAUAAUGAAUAAGACGUUCUUUUAUCAUGGUGUCAGAGCCACGGCAGUGACUUUAACUCUGGUAUUUCUGACCCUAAUCUUUUUCGUUACCCAUUGUCUCCUGGCCUUCAUUCCCACCUAUUUUCUCGAUUAAUUUCUGAUUCUUCUGUGAAAAGUCGUCUGAAAUUUCUGAGAAAACGUGUCCACCUUUGGAGUAGUCAUGGAUUUCCCAUCGGUGAGUUCAAGUGGACAGUUUCAAAGCUACAAUGUCGCUGGCCACUUGACUGGAAAAAACUAUUUGCAAUGCUUAAACAUUGUGAGAACACUCUUGGAGGGAAAAGGGAAUAUUAGCCACGUAGAUGGAAUUCGUAGAAGUGAGAACGAUCCUAGCUUCAAGGCAUGAUAUGAGGACUCGAUCAUGUCCUAGAUAUGGAAUUCAAUGCAACCAGAGAUGGGUAAACAUCUUAUGUCCCUCCUAAUUGUGCCGAACAUUUGGGUGACACUUCAAAAGACAAACUCCAUGAAACAAGAUGCUGUAAAAUACGAUGAAUUAACAAGUAAAGUAUCGUCUACAAUACAAGGUUCUCUUUCUAUUACCAAAUUCUACAACUAUUUGAAUGGCCUUUAGCCUCAAAUAGAUCAUUGUCAAGAUCUUAAGAUGGUGUGUUGAAGAUGCCAGUGCUCUACUAUAGCUUAUUGGGAGACAGAAUUUUUACCUUUUCUAACAGGACUAAAUAUGGAAUGAAAUGAAGUAAAACUUCGUGUUAGAAAAGGACCGGCUGCCAGCUCUUAGUGAAGUUUGUUCCAUCAUUUGGACAGAGAAAACAAGAGAAGCGUCGUGUUGAAGACAACCAUCUGAAAGUUCUAUAAUGAUGACCAAGAAGAGUCUAGAUGACGGGGAAAGUAAGAAAUGGUACCCAUAACCCAAAAAAAAGGGUUAUUACCUCGGAACAGUUUGAACAAGAUAAAUUGUGAUUGUAAGAAGCCUCGAGAUACAAGGGAUAAUUGCUUCAAACGUCAGGGGAAAGCUCAGAUGUUAGCUAAGAAUAGUGGAUUCAAAGGGUACCAAUUAAGCCUAGUCAAUCUUAUUAGCAAGGAUACUUCUCAAGAUGAGCAAUCUAGCAAUGGGGAAGAAUCAGCAAAAAAUUCAUUUGAAAGCUAAAAGGUUUAUAAACUCUCUCCACCAAGUCUUUUGAUUUGUAUUAAUUGGCUCAGAGUGGUGUUGUAUUUCCGACUUUUGAAAGCUUCCAAGUCUGUCCACUCCAAAUCAUGGGUCAUAGAUGCUGGUUCCACUGACCAUAUAACCCAGGAACGAAAUAAAUUUGGUCAGUACAUGUCUGACCCUUGAAUCAAAAAAAUUUGCAACUAAUUGAUCAGCUGUCUCAAUUUCUGGUCACAGCAACAUUAAAGCUACCCCUACGCUCUCAUUACAUACUAUUUUGCAAGGAACGGGUGAUACUGUCGUGAGUAAACGAAAAGUGACUUAAAUGAGCAGAAUCAAUUAUCUCUAUGUUCGUCUUAUUGCACAUUCGUCUCUCAAAUAGAUCCAAAAUUUGGUUUCAUCGUUUUAAGAUUUGGUCAUCCUUCUUUUCAAACUCUUCAAACUAUGUUUCCUUCGCUUUUUCAGGACAUUUCAAUUGAUUGUUUAUAUUAUGGUGUAUGCGAGUUUGCAAAACAUCAUUGUGCUUCUUUCUAUAGUUUUUUGUUGAUCGGCAUUUUCAUAUUCCAAUGAUAGGUGUUUGACAAUCUUUAUUUACUCGAAGAAAACUGCAUUCCAAUAAAUGUUGUUAUUUUUCUUACUUAUUUUUCAUGGUCCUGUGCCAUUUUAACUUUUGCGUUGUUAUAUGCCUUUUUCAUGUGAUUUCCCACGUUCUAUUUUUCUGUAAAAGUUCCAAAAUACCAUGUUAAAGCUGACAGGAAAACAAAUAAUUUCCUUAAGAAAGAUAUCUUUGACUUAGCACCGCCUGAAAAACAGAAAAAAUGAAGAGAUCUAGCGUUUAGAACAAACAGUUGAGAAUAAUGAAGAGGAAGAAUCCUUUAAGCUUGUAAAAGUUUUACCAUCUGAGGACCGUCCGACUUUUGUGAAUCACAGAGUUAGACUUAUGCUUCUUAACCAAUCACAGCUUGUGUUUAUCCAGUCUGACUUUGAGCUGCUUUUGUAAACAUGUUAGAAACUGUGAAAGCCAUUUGCUAUGAAUCUAGUGCUGACAAACUUCACGAUUCAUUUCUUCAUUGCCUCUUAAAGGUAAAGAAGGCUCCAUGUAACUAUUCGUCUGUUUUGCAUAUUUGUUUGUCAUGCCUUUAAUGUCGAUUUUCAUUUGGAGUGGGAAACGUAGCACCUGUAAAAAAUCUAUGAAGUUUUGUUUCAUUAUCAACAAUGUAGACAAUUGUAUGGUGCUCAAAAUAUAGAUUAUUGUUUAAUUAUGUGCAUUUCGACGUCUUGUGGCUAGUUUCAAUGAGUCUUUUAUGCUAGCAGUGCGUAACAGUCUUGUUUGUCUUCUUUCAGUACUUGAAGGAACAAAGGCUCCCUCCUCAGACAUUUAUUCCCUUACAAUCUAUUCGUGUUAAGCCAAUAUUUGAAAGGCUGCGCACUCUUGGGGGAACUGCUCAGCUUGUUUUUGAUGUGAUACAAUAUCCUUUUUAAAAUCGAACCCCUUUAAUGAGUGUUCAUGUGAAUGUCAUUUUGUUCAGUGCAUUCAGUGUGCAUAAUUUUCUGCAAUGAAAACAGAUAUUCCAUAGAUAUUUGUGGCCCUGUAAAGUAUUAUUCCAGCACUUCAGUUGUAUUGAUAGUGGGUUUUAGUAUGAAAUAUAAUCAAGAACAGGUAGCUAUGGUCAUCUUCCCCAAACUUGUUUCGCAGUUUUUCUUCCAUAGGAUAUGCUUGUAUGACUUUUCAAAGCCAUUUAUGCAUGCUUUCCCUAGGAUUAACAUGACAAAUUUCUGUGUGUUAACAAUCUCUUUGCAGCUUCAUGUGUCUUGUAGUUGGGUAGCCUGAAUGAACCCUUUCAUUUGCUUGUUUUGGUUACAUCAUCUAUGUCUAGUUCCAUGUAGGUUUCUUUUUACAGAAAAAGAAGGGUUUAUUACUCUAGACUUGUCUCUGAAUUUGCGAAAUACCAUCACAGACCAUCUCUGGGCACCAUUAAGACUGUUUAUGUAAACCUACCUAAUCAUACCCUAGUUGACUUAACUUUUGUACGUUUGAUCGAGCAUUGGAGAAGGCCAUCUUAUAUGCUGUUGGGAAUACCCUCGUCUGUGAUGGACUGGAAGAGGCUAAAGUUCUCAGCUGGAGUGGGGAGCGCCAUAAAGGCAGGCAACUCUUUGUCUAUGUUAUUCUCAUUUUACAUCCACUUUUUUCCUUGUCAGUGAUGAUUUGUGUAUCCAAAUGUGUUUAGUUGUCACUGUCGAUGGAAUCGUGCUAACUAAAGCUGGUACAAUGACUGGUGGAAUCAGUGGAGGAAUGGAAGCUAGGUCACAGAAGUGGGAUGAUAAGGCAAUAGAUGGUCUGUGCCAAUCAUUAUACCUUCAAUUGCUUGUUGGGACUCAUUUUAUUUUCUUCUAAUUUUACUUCUAGUGUAUUCCCAGAUCUUAAAAAAAGAAAAGAUCAGUAUGAAUCAGAAAUCGAAGGUCUAGGAACACUAAGAGAGCUGCAAAUGAAAGAGUCUGAUGCAUCUGAAAAGGUUUCUGGCCUUGAGCGGAAAAUUCACUAUGCAACUAUCGAAGAGGUGACAUUUUUUGUCUGUAAUGCUUGCCUUUCUCCACCUUAAAUAUGGAUCAUUGAAAUGAUUGGCAUCUUACCUUUGGCGCUCCUUGCUUUCUACCUUUGCCCAAGCCCUUCAUUACCCUUUCUCAGGUUGCUUUAUUAGCUUCUAAAAAUUGGCUCUCUUUAUGACCAUUACCAUGCAGAACAAAAUGCGAGAUAAACUCUCAAAAUUGAAGGAAGAAAAGCAAAAUAUGAAAGGCGAGAUUGGUCGUCAAACUCCUGAACUGGAGAAGGUAGUAACUUGAAAUCUUUCCAUGCUCCAUUUUCCUUAAAGCUUGAUGUUGACUGUUUUGAAAUUCUUUUAGAAGUAAUUGCGCCACAUUUGUCUUCGCAGUUGAAAAAAGUGGUCAUUAAAAGAAGAGAAGAGAUUCAAAGGCUUGAGAAGAGGAUUAAUGAGAUUGUAGAUACGAUAUACAAGGACUUUAGUGAAUCAGUUGGUGUUAAGAACAUCCGUGAGUAUGAGGAAAAUCAACUCAAGGCUGCACAAGAAUUAUCUGAGAGAAGGCUUAAACUUAGUAACCAAAUGUCAAAGUUGAAAUACCAGUAAGUGUUUAAUAUAAAACCUUUCUAAUUUUUAAUGUUGUAAUGAUACCGCUAGUUGAACCUGCUGCCUCUUUAUUAGCCUAGUUUGCAUUUUUAUACUCGUUCUACCAUUUGUUGAGUUUGUUUUAGCUUGUUGUUCUUUUUAUUUGAGAAAUUUUUGAUGUCGUUUACUCCAAUUUUUCUCGUAGGCUCGAAUAUGAGCAAAAGCGUGAUUUGAAGUCACCAAUUGCGAAGUUGGAAACCUCUAUUAAAUCUUUAGAUGAAGAAUUGGAAAGGAUUCAGAGAAAAGAUAUGGAGGCACAGUUGGCAGCGGAGGAAACAUCAACACAGAUGAAUAAAUUGAAGGAAGAAGCUGAUGGUAAGAUUAUGUGUAGUAGACCUUAAUUGUUAUAAUUCAGUUUUGUUUUUCUAUGACAUUGACACUUUCCAGGACAGCUUAGCUUCUGGUCAUUCUGACACGUGUUUCUUCUUGAUACCCAUGUGGUCCCUAGAUUUUGUUUAAAUGGUUAUUCUGGCAUCGUUUUAUAGUAUCUUGGUGACAUUCUAAACAAGGAAACAGUUUUUAGGGACUAAAUUUACCUUGAAAGUUGGGAGUAAAAAUUAGAUUGUUUUAGUAGAAUUGAUCAGGUGAUGAUUCUCUAAAAACGGAUUACACUCCAUCCAGGUGCCUAAUCAACAAAGUAAUGAAUAACUUUAACGACAUUUCUCAUUGGUCUGUCGUUGUCUAGGAAAUAUGAAGCACACCAUUUCCGAAAGAUCGGCAAGUUAUUAGAUGAAAUGUCACAUCAAUGUUGUGAAAAUGCCUAUGCAAGGCAAAGCAGCAUAACCCUCGACUGCAGAGGCAGACGGUGUAAAAGCCUGGAGGCUGCGAUAUCUACGGAUCAUCUUGUCCAACAUAAUCAGCCCAGACUGAUAUUAAUCUUGUUAUGACCUUGAUUGGAGCGAUUGUCUCCUUGGGACUUUCUAGUCAUAAAAUAGAUCGCCUGAUUCUCUUCUAACUCUGUGUAUACUUUUGGAUGCUGACUGAUCAUUUUUUUCCCUUCAAAUGAGAGAGUUACCUUAUGUUUGAUGCUAUUGUUUUUUUGUUCUAUUUUUUCUAUUUCUUAAACUUUUCAUCUGCAUUCGAGAAGUAUUAAUCGUAUUUUUUUUUUACGAAGAGAAAAAUGUGACAGAAGUUUGACAUACACGAGGUACAAACGUGAUAGAAUGUUGUACCUUGAGAAUAAACUUAUUAGCUUAUGUCUAUUUUGUCCAGUGUGGAAAUCCAAGGCUGAUGAAUGUGAAGAAGUGCUAGAGGAAUUAAGAAAGCAAAUUGCUAACGUUACAUCACGGAUAGGGAAACUGAAGCGCCUGAUAAAUUCAAAGGUUGGACAUCCACAACUGAAAUCCAUCACGGAUUUUUUUGGUAUUACCUGGUUCUACCAUGUCGUACAACCUCUGAGUUCGUGGAUAGUUCAUACAUUCUGCUCAAUCCUUUAUCACGACUCUUUUACUCUUAAUCCACAUGCUAUUUUACAGGAGUCUCAAAUAGAGCAGCUUAAGUCACGUAAGCAGGAGAUACUGGAGAAGUGUGAGCUAGAACACAUACAACUUCCAACUGUUGAUGACCCAAUGGAAACUGAUUCUGCUACCUUGACACCGACAUUUGACUAUACUCAGCUGAGCAGAACACACUCGCAAGCUGUGCGAACUUCUGACCGUGAAAAAGUUGAAGCAGAGUUCAAAAAUAAGAUGGAGUCACUCGUGGCUGAAAUUGAAAAGACAGCUCCCAACCUGAAGGCACUUGACCAAUAUGAAGCUCUUCAAGAAAGGGAGAGAGAAGUGGUUGAGGAAUUUGAAGCAGUGCGCAGAGAAGAGAAAGAAAUAGCUGAAAGAUAUAAUGCAGUCAAACAACGGAGGUAUGCUUCGAAUUUUUUUUGCUCUGUACCUUAAUUAAAACCUCUUUGAUAAAUUCUUUGACAGAAGAAUCAGAAGAUAUAAGGUAUAACAUAUUUGAUGUGGUUGUAUCAUUAGGUGCUACUGUGUGAAAUUUACAUUACUAGAAAGCUACAGAUAUUUCGCCUAAACAUUGUUAUGCAAUAUAUUCCCUCUUUGGUGUUAUUCCAAGGAUUUUUAAACUUGUUGCCUUGGACACUAAAUUGUCGAAUCAGUAAUUUUGUUUCCGUGCUUAACUUCUGUGUUACGAAGUAUUAUUUCACUGGAAUUUUGAAAUUAUAUUUUCCCACUUACUAUGAAGCUUUUUUAAAGCAUCUUAUACUUGAGAACCUUGUGAAACUUUUUUGAAGGUAUGAGCUUUUUAUGGAGGCAUUUGAUCAUAUUUCUAGAAACAUUGACAAGAUCUACAAGUUACUUACGAAAAGCCAGACACAUCCCCUUGGGGGAACGGCUUAUCUGAAUCUUGAAAAUGAGGAUGAUCCCUUCUUGCACGGCAUCAAAUACACUGCUAUGCCUCCUACUAAGCGUUUUCGAGAGAUGGAACAGUUAUCUGGUGGGGAGAAGACCAUUGCAGCCCUUGCGCUGCUCUUUUCUAUUCACAGGUACCAUUGUGGCUUCACCUUUCUUUUGCAGCGAAACUGGUAUUUUACUAGGGUGUCUGCCACUUUUUGUUGCACACUAUUUGGAUAUGCAUGUCGCAUAUGCUGUUAAGAUCUCUGCGUCAAUAUUCUAUUUGGAUUUGGAUAUUCAUCUGGUGACCGAAUUGCUGUACAGAGCCUGGUUUGUAACAUUCAUAAACCAUCGAGUGAGCCUGCCUGCUACUUAUUUGACAUUGAACUGGGAAAAUCCUGGGAUAAACGGUCAGGGAUGAUGCCUCGCUUAAAAAUCGAUCAUUGUCCCUGCCCGUGAAUUUUUCUUCAUGCUCCUUGUGCAGCUGGGCAUGGAGAUUGUUAGUUUCUUUUCAUGGCCCGGUGACAGAUAGUGGUCUUCUUAUUAUUAGUUUCAUUCCCUUUUUUGACUAAACUGACAACUCAGUCCCUCUUUUGACUUGGUAAUUUGCUCAAAACUGUGUGUUUCAGCUUCAAGCCAUCUCCCUUCUUCAUAUUGGACGAAGUUGAUGCCGCCCUAGACAAUCUAAAUGUCGCAAAAGUGGCCGCAUUCAUCAGGUCGAAAUCUUGCGGAAACAUGCAGGGUAGCCAGGAAUCGUCUGAUGGAGCUGAUGGUUUCCAGAGUAUUGUGAUUUCGCUCAAGGACAGCUUCUACGACAAGGCUGAGGCGUUGGUCGGUGUUUACAGGGACUCCGAGAGAAGGUGAAAUCAUUAUUUAUUUAUUUAUUUAUUUUGUAUUUUGUAUUUUGAUCCCCUCCCUUGCCCCAUAUGAGCAUUCAUAGGCAACAGUUGAAUGCUGAGAAUCCAACCCUUACUCCGAUCUGGUCUGCUUUGCAGCUGCUCGAGAACCUUGACGUUUGACCUGACCAAGUACAGGGAGUGA